CAAACAACCUCGAGCAGCCCGCGCCGUAAAGUGCCGCGACAUCACACAAUCGCAUUGAUACACCACGCACAAUUGGACGCAUGUCUUGCAUAUUCGCGUGAUCUCGACCGUUAGAAAAUUGCGCCAUUUUUUUUUUUUUUUUCAGUUACUCGAGUUGGUUAAUUGAAUUCUUUUUGGGGAAAAGCGAGGCCGCGUGAUCGAGUGCGCGGAAGUCCGACGGCGGUGUGUGUCGUUUGAUGCGAGUCUCAGCGGUCUCUCGCCGAACUUACCGAGAUAGGACAACGCGGAGGGGACUAACCGUCCACGUGCGCGAUCCGGAAAACGAGGCGGCGAGAGAUUUUCAUUUUGUCGGAAGGUGCGGGGGAUUGAUCAUCGAUCAAAAUAAACGGCGACGUUACCGACCGUCUCUCGCUGUGGAAGCGUGUUGUACCGUGUUGUAAGCUGACAAAAUAAGACUCUUGCGUCUCAAGACCGAGUUGGGUUUUUUGAUCCUGGAACUUGUUGUUGGCGCGCGAUUGACUCCGGCGCGGGGAACCAAAAUGUCGGUGGACACGCUGAGCGAUGCCGAACUGCGAACGAGGUUGAUGGAGUACGGGUACCCGGUGGGACCGGUGACACAAACGACCCGCAAGAUACUCCAGAAGAAGCUCAAACACCUCGAAGAGACACGCGGGGGUAACAGCGGCUCCCGGCACUCGUUGGCCGCAAGAUACAGCAGUGAUGACACAGAUGAUGACAUAGGCACAACCGUUGUUAAGAAGAAGAAGAAUGCAAACUUACGCAGACAGACAUUGGCAAAUCCAAUGCCUCCGCCUACAAUUAUUCCAUCUGAUGGGACCGUGCCAGGACCGAAGAAUUCUAUCAAGAAGGAUCAGACACCACCACCACCGCGCAUAGAAUUCAAAGAACCUCCUAACACAAUAGACAUCGACAACACAAAUGUAACGUCUUCGACAACUCGCGUGACCCAGAAGACCGCGCAGAACAAAUACGUCAAAACCCAACGAUCGACCUACAAAUCUGAUGGCUUAGAAACCGGAUCAGAUUCCGAUGCGGUAGAGGACAACGAAAACACAUACUCGCGAUCUUAUUACAAGUACCUGUCCAAUCCGACUAGCAAACUGUACGAUUCGCGAGUAUACGAUCGAAAUGCUUUCGAUCAUGAUGAAAUAUCGAAAACCAACAAACCAACAAUUCAUGUGAGCACCAAGGAUAACACGAGCCAGAGAGAUCUUCUUGCGAAUUACGAUACUCCGUUUUUGUCCGAGUUUACGAGACGACUUAGCGCACGAUCCUUUGGAAGCUCAACAACACCGAUAAAAAGUCCAACAUAUCCAUCGUCGCCCAGCUUACCGGAGGUAAAAGAAAGGGAUUCAAACGGUCAUUUUUCUUCGUUCAGGACUAUGUAUUCACCAUCGAGUCAGCCAAGCACAAGACACAGUGUGUCGUCCGUCGAUCGAGUUCCGGAUAUUAUCAGUAGAGCGCCUUACAGACCGUCGACAACGAACGCGAACAGAGAAGAUGUACGGAACAAUCAGAACAUCGUGUCGAUGGUUCUCCCAGCGGUGGUCGCUCUGUUUUUCGUAGUCCUCGCAAUAAUUUAUCUGGGACUUGGCGGAAAAACUGAGACGCUUCCGUCACUAUCAUCUGAUAACAAUAUACCACAAUGUUUUACCGAGGGAGAUCUUAAGACACCCGGAGUGAAUUGCGUAAUGAAGGAGAACGUGGAGUCCGUGUUGCAACUGUUGAAACUUCUUCAACGCGACCUGACGAAAAAGGCGGUGUCUAAGACAUGCGAGAACCCGAACGAAAACUCGUAUCUAAUAGAUGCGGAAAUAACGGAGAUGUAUACGAGCGACAAAGUGACAAGUCUUGAGGUGAAGGAGGAUCUGCAGAGCGCACAAUUCUUAGUUAUUAAGAAUCCCAGAUGGGGUAUUUCGCUUAUCGAUGUGAGCGGUGAUAACGGAGCGAUUGAGAUAUUAGAUACUCUGGAUAAAUUAUUUUCCGCCCGUCUGACCGGAAAAGUUGGAAUGACAAUUCUGAAUCCCGAGUUGCCGAUGCGGUGUCUCGUGAAGAACAAGCUUUUCGCUAUCUUUUCCACAAUGCUUAUUGUGGCAAUCGUUUCGUUAAUAGGUAUCGGGAUUUAUAAGUCGUACCUUUGGUAUCUAAAGUACAAGGAGAGCACGGAGAGAGAGGUGUUUAAACUCGUUAGUGAGAUAAUAAACAUCGUCGAGACGCAUCAUCAAAAUGCGUCCUCGCAAACCGGCACGCAGGAAAGUUUUCUCGCCAUAAAUCACGUGCGGGACAAUCUCAUCCCACCGAAGGAUCGCAAAAGAAUGGCCAGUCUCUGGGAGAAAGCGGUGAAAUUUCUUGAUGAAAAUGAAUCCAGAAUUCGAAGAGAGGUGCAACAAGUGGCGGGUGAAGAGUUUCACGUGUGGCGUUGGCUGCCAAAUAACACUUUGAACAAAUCGUCCGUGCAAAGCGCAAGCCCCCUGGGUAAGAAACCAAAGAUCUGGCAAGGACAAGCGUUCGAAACGAUGGAAGGAUCGGUUAACAGUUUGACUUGUUCGCCGACACCUUGUUUAAAAAUUAGACACAUGUUUGAUCCGGACAUUGAGACCGAAGACGAUUGGGAGACCAGAGUUCAGGAUGCGAUUUUGGAAAAGUGCGGGGAGAACGUGAAGAUACUCCAUAUUCGAGUGGACAUCGGUAGUCGCGAAGGUUGCGUGUAUAUGAAGUGUAUGUCGCAAGAAGACGCUGGCAAAGCUUAUAGAGCGUUACACGGAUGUUGGUUCGACGGUAAUUUAGUAACUGUGAAGUACCUGAGAUUAGAACGUUAUCACGAACGAUUUCCGGACGCCGUCCGUUGUGUCACGCCUCUCAAGCCAAGUAACAAUAAACGAUUAUCUAUGCAGGCGCAUUAACAGAGAGAGAGAUUGCAUUUCUCAGUUCAAACGUUCAAACCUAAAGCUGAGAGCUUCUUCUUGUGUGUCUUAAAAUAGGACACGCAAUUUAAUUAUCUGCUAAUAACACAGAUCCACGCAACUGUUUUAUUUUUCUGUUCCAAGACGAAGUCGUACCACAAAUAUACAUAUUAAGAUUUGAGAACAUCUCUAUUUCAUGUAACGCAAGCAUUUUCUCUUAAACUUUGGUAAUCCUUGUGUAUCAUAUAUUUGUACUUUGUAUCUGUUGUAAGGAAAAAAAAAACGAAAGGAGUAUGCGUGUUUUUUAAUGGUUAAGUAAUAAUAAUAUAAUAAUAAUAAUAAAAUAAUAUAUAUAUAAUU